GCUGGAGCUCAGUAGGUGCUCUGGAACUUUACUGUGACACUAUUUGAAAAGGAUAGAAUUAAUCUAUAAAAUGGAAAGAACUUCAGAAGUGAUCCAGCAUGAGGCCAACUCAGCUCCUGACACCAAUACAGCCUGGGUUGAAAGGUGGCCAAAAGAGUUGAACUCCAAAGGUGAGAAUGGAAUUCCAAGUCCGGAUUACAAAGAAAUGUGUGAAAUCAGCAUAGCUGUUGAUGAAAGAGUUCAUAACAAGGAUGACAGAAUUCACGAUAAAAGUGACAUGGACUCUGCAGCUAAAGUAAAUGAUCCAGUGCAAUCCACUCUUCCUAAAAGUAACAGUUUUGAUAUGAUCUACAAAAUAGAGGACGUUCCUCCCUGGUACCUUUGCAUUUUGCUUGGAUUUCAGCACUAUUUAACUUGUUUUAGUGGGACCAUAGCUGUACCUUUCCUUCUGGCUGAAGCACUCUGUGUUGCAAAAGAUCAGCACACAGUCAGUCAGCUGAUCGGUACCAUCUUCACAUGUGUAGGAAUUACAACUCUUAUUCAGACAACACUCGGAUGCAGGCUUCCCCUAUUUCAAGCAAGUGCAUUUGCAUUUCUUGUUCCUGCCAGAGCGAUACUUGCAUUGGACAAAUGGAAGUGUCCUAGUGAAGAGGAGAUUUAUGGAAACUGGACCUUGCCUUUCAACACUACCCAUAUAUGGUAUCCACGGAUCAGAGAAAUACAAGGUGCAAUUAUAAUAUCCAGUUUGGUUGAAGUGGUGAUUGGCUUUGUGGGCCUUCCAGGAGCUCUCCUUAGUUACAUUGGACCACUUACUGUCACCCCUACAGUCUCCCUGAUUGGAUUGUCUGUAUUUCAAGCAGCUGGGGAAAGAGCUGGAUCACACUGGGGUAUUUCCAUGUUAACCAUAGUUUUGAUUGUAGUGUUUGCUCAGUACCUGCGCAAUGUGAAUUUUAUAAUGCCUGGCUUUAAACGUGGACAUGGAUGUACAACAGUGAAGAUACAAAUAUUCAAAAUGUUUCCGAUUAUAAUGGCUAUUAUGGUUGUCUGGCUCAUUUGCUAUCUUUUAACACUCACUGACGUAUUUCCAAAAAAUCCUGAGCUGCAUGGAUUCAAAGCCCGAACAGAUGCUAGAGGUGAAAUAAUGUCAACAGCACCCUGGUUUCGUAUGCCAUAUCCAUGUCAGUGGGGUUUACCAACAGUCACAGCAGCUGGAGUCCUGGGAAUGUUCAGCGCAACACUCACUGGUAUCAUUGAAUCCAUUGGGGACUAUUAUGCAUGUGCAAGGUUGGCGGGGGCUCCACCUCCACCGAUCCAUGCAUUAAACAGAGGGAUCUUCACUGAAGGAAUAUCUUGUAUCAUUGCAGGAUUACUUGGAACAGGAAAUGGUUCUACAUCCUCCAGCCCAAAUAUUGGGGUCCUUGGGAUAACUAAAGUUGGUAGCAGGCGAGUGGUCCAGUAUGGAGCCGUUAUUAUGUUGGUCUUGGGAACAGUAGGAAAGUUUACAGCACUGUUUGCUUCACUUCCAGAUCCCAUUCUUGGAGGCAUGUUUUGCACUUUAUUUGGAAUGAUCACUGCAGUUGGACUUUCCAACCUUCAGUUUGUAGACAUGAAUUCAUCACGCAAUCUCUUUGUCUUGGGAUUCUCCAUGUUUUUUGGUUUAACACUACCAAAUUAUUUGGAUGAAAACCCUACUGUUAUUAACACCAGCAGCCCAGAAAUUAAUCAAAUUUUAACUGUAUUGCUGACAACAGAAAUGUUUGUGGGAGGUUGCCUUGCUUUCAUCUUGGAUAAUACCAUUCCAGGUACAAAACAGGAGCGUGGACUUGUACAGUGGAAAGAAGGCGCUCUUGCAAAUAGUGACACAACAGUAGACAUGAAAACAUAUGACUUUCCAAUAGGAAUGAGCCUCCUGAAGAAGGUUCAGUGUUUACAACACAUACCUGUUUGUCCAGUUUUUAAGGGAUUUUACUGGAGGAAGAAAAGAAGUGCCUUGACUGCACAUGUAAAUGAAAAUGGUGACCAUGUUGUGUGCACCAAAGUGUAAUGAAGGUAUAAAAAUGCCAAACAAAACACAUUUUAAUGCGCUGCUCUAGUACUAUAUUAUCUCUGUGAACUCUACAGAAGCUUCAUUAGCAAGACAUUUUUAGCAGUUACAAAUUGUUUUUUUAGAGAGUAAGUUGAGCAAGUGGAUACAAAUGUUAACAUGGUAAAAGAUGAUUUAAUUUUAAUGGAGUUAAAUGUUUCUUUUUCAAAUAAAAAUCAUCAUAUCCGCAAUCUUGUGGUUGUGCCAACAAUGAAAGUGGUAAUUGGUUCAAAUAUCUUUUCUUUGAACAGCCAUUUUUCUCAACAUGCUCUUUUGAAGUGAGGUGCAGAUCGAUAAAGACAGAGUGGGGGUUGGAGGAAAGUAAUCACUAAACACUCUUUGCAGGCUGAUUAUUUUUCUCUUUAGCAACAUCAUAUUUUUAAAUAUAGUUGGUUUUGACUCUGGAAUAAUAAUGAUUACAAAGUCAAAAUAUUGAAGAAUUGAGAUGGGUACAAUUCAGUUAAUAAAGCAUGGAUAUUUCCCUCUUUCCUAUUUGAGUGAACUAUUUUACCAAGGAAAUUAUGUUUUAAAAAUAUUAUGAUAAAGGAAUGUGUAAAUUUCUAGAAAAAAAUGUGUAAUUUUAAUGGGCAACUCUGAUUUUAAACAGAUCAUGAAUUUUAUGUUUAAUUAUUUACUUUGAUCAUUUUUAGAUGAAUUAAUUGUAGUUACAUGUACUGAGGCUAUUUAAAAUAAACUGAAUGCAGGACAUUUCA